UUCUCUUUUGUCCAAACAAUUGUAACAGUUGUUGGUAAUAAAUUCAAAUGUCCAUUACCAUUUGCGCAAUUUGUUGGUCACUGUGCCGGGUUGACAGCUCGUUGACAGGCUACCACCGUCUACAUGGAUCUGUUGUGUACGAGCGGAGCGAACAAGAACAACAAACUUACAGCUCCACCAUGAACCAAGCCGAACCAGCCGCGGUAUCGUCCGAAAACGAAAUGGAUGAAAAGUGUCGCCUGUGCUUAGAAUGUUGCAAUUCCACCAACGCGACACCUAUCACGGACGGCGAGUUUGGUACGAAGCUACAGAAGGUGUUCAAAUUCCCGAUACUGCCGGAAGAUACGCUACCGGAACGGGUGUGUCACGAGUGCGUUACGAUCGUGUCGGAUUUUCACACGUACAGCCAGCGGAUUCAGUCCAAUCAGGAGCAGCUGCAGACACAGCUGAAGGAGCAAAAGUUUCAACCCUUCGAGGUGGUUAAAAUUGAAACGCUAGAAGACGACGAUUUCUACGAUGCCGAGAUGGAGGAAGCGCGCGAACGGCUCGAGGAAGACGCAACGGAACAAACGGUACAUGUGAGCGCUACCCGCAAACCAGCCAAACGGGCCCCCAAACCCUCGGACACCGAAGCCGCCAACGUGAGUGACGCGUUGCGCGAGGAAGCGGAAGGGGAGGAGGAUGAGGAGAUCGAUGACGAUGAGGACGAUGAAGAUUUCGUGCCGAAGGUGGACCCCAAGGACGGUACGCUAAAAGUUCCCGUGCGGCGUCGCCGGCGGCUGGCGCAGGUAAAAGCGCCGCCGAAAAAGCGCACCACCCUGAAGACGGAAAAGCAGGUGGAAAAGCUCGAGCCGGAAGAGCUGGCGAAGCAGCACGAGGAGGACAGGCGGAUACAGGAGUUUUACAAGUUUGAGUGUGAGCAAUGCUCGCUGCCGAUGGACAGCUUCGCCGAUCUGCAGGUGCACUAUCGGCGAGAGCACAGCACCAAAGGGUACGUGCGCUGCUGCGAGAAGGUGUUCUAUCGGCGGUUCCAGCUGCUGGACCAUAUUGCAGCCCACCAGGGCACGAUCAAGUGUGAGGUGUGCCAGAAGAGCUACAAGAGCAGCCGCUAUCUGGCGCUGCACAUGAUGAAAAGCCACAGCCGCGAGGAGGACCGGCCGUUCAAGUGCGACAAGUGCCGGCAGUCGUUCCACAAGGAGCACCUGCUGAAAGCGCACCAGGCCAACCAUCUGUCGGAGAAGUGCCCGAUCUGCGAGAAGGUGGUGUCGUCCAAGUACGCGCUCAAGACGCACGUCGCGCACAUGCACGGUAGCGAUAGCAACCAGAUCUGCGACGUGUGCGGGAAGGAGUUCCGCACCAAGCAGGCGAUGGAGCGGCACAUCAACGAGCACAUGGGGGUGGACGUGGUGCAGAAGGUGCAGUGCAACGUGUGCCAGCGGUGGUUCCACGGGAAAUACAACCUGCGCAAGCACGUGCGUUUCAUGCAUCUGGAGGGCGGGCAGGUGUUUCGGUGCGACUUGUGCCCGCACGAAAGCCCCAACAGCCGUGCCCUGCUGGACCACAAGAAGCGGGUGCACGUGGUGGAGCGGUUCGCGUGCGAGCUGUGCGGCAAGCGAUUCAAGCGGAAGCUGUACCUGAAGGAACACAUCGCGUCGCACACCGGCCAGCCGCUGUACGAGUGCGGCAUUUGCGAUGCCAAGUUUAACUCGAACGCGAACUGCUACAACCACCGGAAGAGCAAACAUCCGGAGGAGUGGCAGGCGCGCCGGCAGGCCUUUUUCGAGGCCCAGCGUAAAGCGCCGGACAGUGAGCUGAAGAAGGAGGAAGUUGCUCGCAGCAUUGCGAAUAAAAUGAAUGAAAAGUGUCGCCUGUGUUUGGAGGAAGUGCAGUGUGCCAUCGCCGUCUCGAUAGUGGACGAGUCGUUUCAGCAAAAGCUUCGGAAUGUGUUUUUAUUCGAGAUCUCGACGGAAGAGCCCUUACCGGAACAGGUAUGCCAGCAGUGCCAAACGACAGUGGCCGAGUUUCACGUGUACAGCCAGCAGGUGGAGGCGAACCAGCGCCAGCUACGGUUAGAGCUGGCCACGGACACGGAUGUUGAGCCGGAACCGGUCAAGGUAGAGCCGGACCUUCAGAUUGAAAUCAUGCCAGCGGAAGGGCUGGAGGAGCUGCCGCCGGGUAUUGAGUGUGUGGAUGUGAAGGAAGAGUACGAUGGAAGCAUUACGGCCCAGUCGGAAUCGGACUUGGAUGCGAGCACGGACGAUGAGUACGUCGUGGCGACCCGGCGCAAGGUCCGUCGUAAAGCGCGCGAACGAAAGGAGCGAAAGGAGGAGAGCACGGAGCGAGGCAAAGACAAAUCGGAAGGGAAUGGGGCGGCUCGGCAGCAAGAGAAAGACGACCGGAUCAAGGAGUUCUACACCCUGGAGUGCGAAAUCUGCUCCAUCCUGUUGGAUGACUUUGUGCAGCUGCAGGAGCACUACCAGCUAGUGCACGACACCCGGGGCUAUAUACGGUGCUGCAACAAGCAGCUCUUCCAUCGCUACACGCUGCUCGACCAUAUCGCGGUGCAUCGGGGAACGAUCCGGUGCGAGGUGUGCGACAGAACGUACAAAACGAAGCGCUACCUGGCGCUGCACAUGGCCAAAAGCCACGGCACGGAGGAGGAGCGCCCGUUCAAGUGCGACCAGUGCGGGCUGGCCUAUCCGAAGCAGUAUCUGCUCCGGUCGCACCAGCUGAUGCACGUGCAGGCGGAGUGCCACGUCUGCAAGAAGGUGCUGUCGAGCAAUUACGCCCUCAAGGUGCACCUCACGCAGAUGCACAGCGACGAUGGUAACCAGAUCUGUGCGACGUGUGGCAAAAUUUUCCGCACCAAGGCGGCGAUGGAGCGGCACAUCAAGGAGCAUAUGGGGCUGGAGCCGAUCGAGCGGAUGCAGUGCGAGUACUGCCAGAAGUGGUUCAACGGGAAGUACAAUCUGAACAAGCACAUUCGCUUCCUACACAACGAGCGGGGGCAGGUGUUUCGGUGCGAUCUGUGUGCGCACGAGAGCCCGAACAGCCGGGCCCUGUCGUACCACAAGCAGCGGGUGCACGUGCAGGAAAAGCACGAGUGUGAGCUCUGCGGCAAGCGGUUCAAGCGGAAGCUGUAUCUGCGCGAGCACAUUGCGUCGCACACGAACGUGCCACUGUACACGUGCGAGUACUGCGGGAUGAAGUUUAACUCGCACGCGAACCAUUUUACGCAUCGGAAAAACAAGCACCCGGAGGAAUGGGAAGCGCACAAGCGGAUGCGGAUGCUGAAGAAGAUGAGCAAGCAUUGAGGGUGGUUCGCAGGGCAGCAGGAUCUUGAGUUUGAUUAUGCGUAUUUAGGUGUAGGAUAGGCGCUAUUAAUAGGUGAAUUAUUUUCCGCUCUUAGUUAGAAAAACGCUAGAGUGAUAGGCGAACGUUCCAAUUCGUUAUUCAAAGACAUUAGAAAUGCGUUCUUAUUUUUAGCACAUUGCCAAUUGGCAUUAAACGAUUGGUUCCCCAGUAGUUAUGCUAUUUUACUUGUCGACUUCAAGAAAAGUAUUAAUCGAAAAUAAAGCAGAGGUUUUUUUCCAAA